UGAGAGUCUAAUGUCAUCCCAGGAAAACAUCACUGGCCAGUUCUUGUGUAUCUUAGUUAAUAAAUGAUUGCACCCAACUGCAUCUAAUAUCAAAGACCGCAGAGGCUGAGAUCUCUUGAAAACAGUAUAUGGAAACAUUUACAACCUUAACAUGUUUCUGCACGGAGAGUGGUGUGAUCUUCACUUGCCACUUUCAUUUGAGCUGCAGGUUGGAUCAUUCUGCUCCUCGCCAAGGACCAGCUUCGCAAGUUGUCUGAGUAACGUUCCUCUGGUCAUGCACGUGUUGAUCCGCCCGUACCGUCCCUCAGACAGGGACACGGUGCUCACCCUGUUCAGCAACGUUGUCCAUGAGCUCAUUCGUCCAUGUUUUUACAACGCCAUUACCAGCCCUCUCUACAUCGCCAUCACCCUGGCUCUCUGUGUCCCUGGCUACCUGCUUGGCUCUGUGUUAGGGGCUGUGGUGUUACCAGGAGCAUGGGUGGGCCUCGUAUACUACUGCUGCCAUGAGCUAUAUGCCGGCUACGUCAAGACGAAACUCCAGACGGACAUGCAGGACAUCCCAGGGAACUAUAUGAGCAGACCAGAUGACUGUUUCUGGGUGGCGGAGGCUGAGGUUGAUGGGAGGGCCCAGAUCAUGGGUACGGUGGCUGUAGUGGCCAAACAAAGUGGGAAAGAAAAAUAUGGGGAACUCUUCAGAAUGAUCAUCUCACCAUCAUACAGACGGUUGGGCCUGGGCUCAAAGAUGACUCAGACUGUGGUGGACUUCUGUAAGGAACGAGGCUUCUCAAAAGUGGUGCUGUGGACCAGCUCCACUCAGGCUGCUGCUGUGGCCCUGUACGAGAAACUUGGGUUCAGCCACGUCCCCUCACAGAUGGGGACAGAGCUCUCUGUUUGGAUGUCAGUGCUGGCCAGGGUGACGGUUGUAGCGAUGGAAAAACACCUGUAGUCCUGAAAUAAUCCUGAUCAGCUGAUAAGCUAUCUCUACAUUUAACACCUGACUGAAACUAUGAUCUGUAAGUUCUGUUUCACAAACAUAUCAGACCAACUUAUCUAAAUGUUUUAAACACAACACGCUGUUGCUCUUAUGAGUUUACUGGACCAAAAUACGCCUGUUACGACUGUUAAUUGUAGUCUUCAUUUUUUAACAAAUGAAUACUGGCUUCAGCUACCGUGAUUUUAUUUCACAUAUGACUGAUCUCAUUGAACUGUUAUUACACAAAAUGUAAGAAAUAAAACCAUUCCUGAAGGUUUUA